AUGAGUGACGACAGACUACCUAGACAAUGCUUUAAUAGGCUUAGAGCUCUAGACUCAUCCAUUGGAAAACCUGAUCCAACUUAUAACUGGGCUACCCAAGUAAAGAUGAUUGUGGCGGCACUGGGAUGUCAGAGGCUGUUUUCGUGUGUUUUCCUCCAAGGUCUGAUGAGGUUCAAAGAUGAAAUCAUGGAAAAAAUAAGAAACCAUCACGCAUCCAAGGACAUCGACAGAGUGUUAAACUCUAAAUCAAACCCAAGAUAUAGAAAAAUCUGCUCCUUUAAUGUUACCAGACCAGAGGAUUAUCUUCAGUUCAGGGCUCUGAAUUUAAACAAAUUAAGAGCCGUUAGUCGUCUCAGAGUAGCAAGUAAAGAUUUUAUGAAAAUAUACUUAAAAGAUGCUACUUUGACUAUUAAAUCCAGUGAGAACAGGGCAAAAUGGUUCUUGCAGGUUCUUGAUCUCAGAAUCUACGUAAGAAGAGCCUGCUGGAAUUACCGUCCCAUUCGGAGUGCCGAGUCCCAGACAGCAUCUAUAGAAAUAGUGAUGGAUGGCGUGAGCUGUGGGACUCAGCCAUUGCCGCCGCAUGAACAGGUAUUCCUCGGCAUCGCGGGGCAUACGCUCUCCUGA